AUGAUUGCAGCCAGUGUCCCCGACAGCGAGGCUGUUGUGAAGCUCCUCAUCGCCAAGGACGCCGACGUCAACCUCAAGACCUCAAAGAAGAACCUCGACAUCGCCCGCAUCCUCAUCGACAACAGCGCCUCAACACGCUUCCGCGAUCGUCGAGGCCAGUAUCCCAUCCAUCGUGCCGCCGCGGUCGGUUCCGUCCCCAUGGUCACACUCCUUCUCAAGAACCGGAGCCCCCUGAAUCCCACCGACAAUGAGGGAUACACUCCUCUACACCACGCCGUCGCAGAGGGUCACGGAGACACCGCUGUCGCCCUCCUCAAAGAAGGCGCCGACUUCACCAUCAAGAACAGCGCAGAAGCGCUGGCUCUGGAUCUUGCCCCAGACAAGGAAACGCCCCCCGUCUAA